AUGUAAAACAACAAAAAAACUUGUUAUUACGAAAUACUAGGUAUUGAUAAAAAAGCAACAGAUGAAGAAAUAAAAAAAGCAUAUAAAAAGUAGGCAUUAAAAUAUCAUCCAGAUAAAAACACUGAAGAAGAUUCAAAGCUAAUUUUUUAAUAAAUAAGUGAAGCUUAUGAAACAUUAAUAGACCCAAAUGAAAGAAGUUGGUACGACUCUCAUAGAGAUUAAAUAUUAAAAGGGACAUAUGGAGAACCUAUGUCAAAAGAAGAAUAAGAAUAAAAUACAUACGGAUUUAAUAUUUGGCCUUAUUUUAGUAGCAGUUGUUAUGAAGGAUUUGAGGCAAGUUAAGAAAAAAAUUUUUACAGCAUUUAUUCUGAAGUUUUUGAAAAAAUAAAAAAUGAAGAAUGGAAUGCUUACGAAUAUACUGAUGAUCCAGAAGUUGAAAGUUAAAAAUAUUUUAAACCUGAACCUUUUGGAAACUCAUAGAGUAGUAAAAAAGAAGUUAUUGAAUUUUAUAAAUGGUGGAGUAAUUUCUUUUCUUAUAAAUCCUUUAGUUGGUGUGAUGAGUACAAUAUCAAUGAAGCUCCUAAUAGAUGGGAAAGAAGAUAAAUGGAAAAGAUUAAUAAAAAAGAACGUUUUUAAGAAAAAAAAAAAUACAUUAAAACUAUUAAGGAGUUAGUUGAGUUUGUUAGAAGAAGAGAUCCUAGAUGGAAAAAAAUAGAAGAUGAAAGAUAAAUAGAAGAAGAUAGAAAAAAAGAAGAGAUUAGAUUGAAAUAGGAAGUUGAGAAAAAAAGGAAAUAAGAAAAAUUAAAAUAAUUAGAAGAAUAAUUAACUAAGAAAUAAAAGCAACUAGCGAAAAUGUCAAAAAAAGAUUAAGUUAGCCGGGCCGCUUAAUUAGAUGAAGAAUUUAGAAUUUAUAAAGAAUAAUAAUUGAAGUUUUAACAAGAAUAAGAAUAACUAUAAUAAAUUGCAAAUUUGGAAAAAGAAAAAGAAGAAGAGGAAGAAGAAGAAUAGGAAUACACUGAUUUUAUUUGCGAAUUAUGUAAUAAAGGAUUUAAAAAUAAUGAAACACUUGAGAAACAUAAUAAUAGUAAUUCUCAUAAAAACAAGAAGAAAAAAAUUCAGAAAAAACUUAAUUAAUAAAAUAAUAUAGAAACUAAUUAAUUUGAUAAUGAUGGAUAUUCUGAAGGAUCUAGUUUAUAAAUUAGUUAAUAAUAGUAAGAAAAGGAUGAAUAAGAAGAAUAAAACAUUAAAAAUGACUUUAAAAAUGAUAUUUAAAUAACUGAUUAUUGGAAUUAAAAUACUUAGGAAAACAAUGACUAAUAAAAUAAUGAAGAUGUUGAAAAAGAAGAAUGGAAGGAAAAAGUUAUUGUUGAAAAAGAAGAAGUAGACGAAUGGAAUAGUAUGAAAGGAUUAACAAAAAAACAACAAAAUAAAUUAACACAUAUGUAAGUUUUAAAAUAGAAAGAAUAGGAAAAAUAAUAAAAGGAGUUAGAAAAAUUACAAAGAAAGAAAGAAUAAUAAAAAUUAAAAAAAUAAGGAAAAUAAGGUGAACAAUAAUAAUAAUAAGAAGAAGAAGAAAACCAAAAUAAUAAUUUUGAAUCUAACUAAUUUAAAGAUUAAUAAGAUUAGGAAAAAGAUUAGCUAUAAAUAAAUAAUGAUGAUAAAUAAAAUCAAUUAUAAUAAAAAUAAGAAGAAGAUGAAUGGUAUAGUAUUAAAGUUUAGCCUAAACCUUAAAAAGUAGAUAAAAAAAAGAAAAAAUGAGUUAUUUAUAUUUUUUUUUUAUUCCAUAUAAUGUAUUUAAUAUUAAAAUAAUUUAAUUCUUUU